AUGCCAAUGCUAUCAAGGGAAAACAGUGAAAGGGCAGUCGGACGACUGGCGACCGGUGAGUUGGUGGAACAGGUGUCCCAGGUUUUUAGUGUUCACCCAAGCACCAUUUAUCACCUUCGGAACCGAUUACAAGCGACAGCGACCACAACAGAUCGACCAAGAAGCGGAAGACCAAGGGUGACAACUCCGGCCCAUGAUCGUGUCAUCGUUCGUCGGCACCGCCGCGAUCCGUUUCUGCCGGCUGCAGAGACUGCCAGGACAACCAUGGGAACGACUGGACGCCAACUUAGCCGCUGGACUGUGUCACGGAGGUUAGUGACUGCUGGUCUUCACUGCAGGCGUCCUUACCAGGGAGCUGUCCUAACACCAAGGCCUCGACAGCAACGGCUACAAUGGGUGCAGGCGCAUGUCAACUGGCGGAACGCACAGUGGAGGAGAGUCCUCUUCAGUGAUGAAAGCAGGUUCGUGUGGAUCCAGCGAAUGGCUGUGUCCGUGUGUGGCGUAGAGGCACGACUCGCUACGACGACAAGAACAUUAUGGAGCGUGACCCCUGGGGAGGCGAGAAUGUGA